AUGGCCCUCCGCGUGUCUUCCACAAUUUCACGGUCCUUGAACCCAGUGCACACCAGGGCUAGGCGCUUCUCAUCAUCUAGGUUGCUCAUGUCGUCGGCAAACUAUCGAAUAGAAAGGGAUACAUUUGGUGAACUUCACGUUCCGGCGAACAGGUACUGGGGGGCCCAGACGCAGAGGUCCCUUCAAAACUUUGAUAUCGGAGGUCCAGCGGAAAGGUUACCUUCGCCUCUGAUCAAGGCCUUCGGUGUUCUGAAGAAGGCAGCCUCUGUCGUCAAUGUUGAAUAUGGCAUGGACCCAAAAAUAGGAGAGGCCAUCCAAAAGGCUGCAGACGAUGUCAUUUCUGGUAAAUUGUUGGACGAAUUCCCUUUGGUCGUGUUCCAAACAGGUAGCGGAACUCAAAGCAACAUGAACGCCAAUGAGGUUAUUUCUAAUCGAGCGAUCGAAAUACUUGGGGGUCAACUCGGUUCUAAAAACCCUGUACAUCCCAAUGACCACGUCAACCGGAGUCAGAGCAGUAACGAUACCUUCCCCACUGUGAUGCACAUAGCAGCCGUCACGGAGAUCACCAAUACCCUGCUUCCUAGCCUCGUCGAACUACGCGACGCGCUCGCCGCAAAGGCCAAAGAAUUUGACCACAUCAUCAAGAUCGGUCGUACUCACUUGCAGGAUGCCACACCACUGACUCUUGGCCAAGAGUUCAGCGGCUACGUCCAACAGGUCGCUAAUGGCAUCGACCGCAUCGAGGCAGUAUUACCAAGAUUGAGUUAUUUGGCUCAAGGAGGAACCGCUGUCGGAACUGGCCUGAACACAAAGAAAGGUUUUGAUGUGAAAAUAGCGGCUGAAGUAUCAAAACUAACAGGCCUCAAGUUUGCCACCGCUCCGAACAAGUUCGAAGCUUUGGCCGCCCACGAUGCUCUUGUCGAGGCGCAUGGCGCUCUCAAUGUCCUUGCUUGUUCAUUCAUGAAGAUUGCCAACGAUAUCCGUUAUCUUGGCUCAGGACCGCGCUGUGGGUUGGGUGAAUUAAGCCUGCCAGAAAACGAGCCCGGUAGCAGUAUCAUGCCAGGAAAGGUCAACCCUACGCAGUGUGAGGCGCUCACGAUGGUGGCUGCUCAAGUGAUGGGCAACCAAACGGCAGUAUCAGUUGCAUGUGCAAGCGGCCAAUUCGAACUUAACGUCUUCAAGCCCGUUAUCGCUAAGAAUGUCUUGCAAAGCAUUCGGCUUCUUGCUGAUGGUUCGCGGUCAUUUACAAAGAAUUGCGUUGUCGGCAUUCAAGCGAAUGAGAAACGAAUCCACACCUUACUGAACGAGUCACUGAUGCUUGCUACGAUCCUGAACAGCCAUCUAGGAUACGACAACGUUGCGAAGUGUGCCAAGAAAGCGCACAAGGAGGGAACAACGUUGAAGGAGGCGACUGUUGCACUUGGAUUCCUAACACCCGAAGAAUUUGACGAGAAAGUUCGCCCAGAACUGAUGCUACACCCUGACAAUUAA